AUGAAUAAUACUAAGGAAAAUUUGUGUGACAAUAAUAAGGCUCCCAAAGGGGGUAUGAAAACAUCAAAAAAAUAUUCAUUAAUAUCAAAUCAGACAUUAAAUCAAAAGGAAAAUACCAUAUGGAACAUUGUGAACAAUGGAAGACUUCCAAACUAUGGCUUAAACGAAAUUAGUGUUAUGAAUAUUCUGCACCAAAUAUCGUCACAAAAUCUAUGUAACAGUGAAAAAAAUGUAAAAAUUGGAGAAAGGGAAAAUCGAAUAUAUAGUUCCAUAGUUAGGAGUAAAUAUAUUGGAUUUGGACACGGAAUAGGAAGGUCAGGUAAUUUGGAUGAUGUCCAGCCAAAAAGUGCAGGAAAUAGUAUACUAGCCAAAUUGACAACCAGUUUUGUAAAAGAUUUAAUCCGAAGUUUUGGUAUAAAGAGUUGUGAGGAUGUUUAUAUAUUACCAUAUGCAACAGGAAUGUGUCUGAGUACAUGUUUAUUAUAUUUAAAACAGAUUAGGGAACAUAGCCAAUAUGUAAUAAUAUCACGAAUAGAUCACAAAACGUGUUAUAAGUGUAUAUCGUUUUGUAAUUUGAAAUAUUUUGUAGUGGAUAUGAUAUAUAAGAAUGAGGAAUUAUUUACAGAUUUGGAAGGAAUAGAGAAAUUAUUGGAAGAGCAUAAGGAGAAAAUAUGUUGUGUUAUGUCAACUACUUCUGUGUAUGCUCCACGAAAUUCAGAUGAUAUAAUAAAAAUAGCUCAUAUUUGUAAAAAGUAUAAUACUCCUCAUAUAAUAAAUAAUGCAUUCGGUCUUCAAUGUACUUAUAUAUGUAAAGAGAUUCAGAAAUGUUUUGAAUCUCAAGGGAGAGUUGAUUUUGUUGUGCAAAGUUGUGAUAAAAAUUUUCUUGUUCCAGUAAAUGGAGGUAUAGUUUUUUCUUCUAAUAGAGAGCAUAUGAAAUUGUUAAAGAAGUCAUAUCCUGGAAGGACUCCUGUGAAUGCAUAUUUAGAUUUAUUUAUUACUUUAUUAGAGAUGGGAAAGGAUAAGAUUAUGAAUCUACGUAAAGAAAGGGUAGAGAAUUUUAAUUGGUUCAAAGAAAAAAUAGAAUUAUUAUGUUUAAAAUAUAAUUUAGAACUAAUAAAAACUAGUAAAAAUUUUAUAUCAAUGGCCAUAAAUUUGAAUCAUAUGUAUACAUAUUGUAACACGGAUAAUCCAAAGGUUAUUAAUAUGCUUGGAUCUAUGCUUUUUUAUAGAAAUGUUACGGGCCACCGUGUUAUAUGUUCUCCAUUGUUAAAUAGGAACUAUUUAUUAAAUAAGGCUAGGGAAAAAUUUAUCAACAUAUUAACAAAUGUAAAGGAAAAUGAACAAAUCAUGAUUCAUUCGGAAGAAUAUAAUUUGGAAAAUGUUAAAUUUGAUUUAAAUAAAAAACAUGUGGAUGAACAUGACGAUAUGUUACCCUACAAUAUUGAUGAAGGUAAAAACGUAGAUAAUGAUAUAUUACAAAAUAAAAUUAAUAUAAUAAAACCAUAUGAAAAAGAGAUAGAAGAAGAAUUUGAUAAAUUAAAUGAACCAAAUACUAUUGUUAUAGGAAAUCACAAAUUUCAAAAUUUUGGUUCAAGUUAUAAUUCUUAUCCAUAUUCGUAUAUAGCUUUUUCAUGUGUAGUAGGAAUAGAAAGACCAGAGUUAGAAAAUUUUGUUUCGAAAUUGGAUAAUGCAAUUGAUUAUUUUAUAAAGUUCUUUAAAAAAAAGAAAGUAGAAGAAUUAAAGUAA